AUGGAUGGGUUGGAUUCGGAAAGUUUGUCCAAGCUGACGAAGCUGAAGCAGCUAGACCUAAGCCAAAAUCGUUUCAAUAAAGAGAUUAUAAGGGAUCUGGUUGCACUACCAGUCCUUAAAUCCCUGGACUUGAAUCAUAAUAGAAUGGAAGGUCGACUGCAAAAUACAGGUUUGGCAACCUCACGCAGUUUGGAGAUUUUAGAUUUGAGUGAGAAUAGGUUCAGUGGAUUUCUUUCUUCUCAAAUAGGAGUACUAGCAUCUCUCAAGGCUUUAUCUUUAGGUGACAAUAGACUUAAAGGCUCUUUACCAAGACAAGGUCUGUGUAAACUGAAUAAACUUGUAGAGCUUGAUCUUGCACGCAAUAAGUUUGAAGGGACCCUUCCUCCUUGCCUAAACAAUUUGACGUCUCUUCAACUGUUAGACCUCUCUAGAAACAAAUUCACUGGAAAUAUUUCAUCAUCUUGGAUAGCUAGCCUGACUUCCCUUAAGUACAUUGAUCUUGGUUCCAAUAAAUUUGAUGGUUUAUUUUCAUUCAGCUCAUUUGCUAAUCACUCCAUGCUUGAACUAGUUCGAUUCACAUGUGAUGGCAACAAAUUCCAGAUAAAUGAAAUUUCAGGUUGGGUGCCUUCGUUUCAGUUACAGUUCCUCAUCCUAUCAGGGUGCCUAAACAAGCUCUCUAGUGAACUUCCAACAUUUCUCCUUCACCAGUACAACUUGAAAGUGGUUGAUCUGUCUCACAACAAGUUGAAAGGACGGUUCCCUGGUUGGUUGCUUGAAAACAAUACAAGGCUAGAAUAUGUCAAUCUGAAGAAUAACUCUUUCUUUGGUCAGUUUCAUUUGCCACUCCAUCUUAAUGACAGUCUUUCGUGGGUAGAUGCGUCAAAAAAUCAACUUGAAGGGCAGCUUCAAGAAGGUAUAGGGAAAAUCCUAUCCAACCUAAAGAAUUUAGACUUGUCUGAAAAUGCUUUCGAAGGUUAUCUCCCAUCUUCAAUUGGUAACAUGAGUCUCUUGGAGAGGCUGGAUUUGUCUGUGAAUAACUUCUCAGGAGUGGUACCACAAGAAUUGUUUGCAGGUUGCUUGAAAUUGAGGGCUUUGAAAUUAUCAUAUAAUAAUUUUCAAGGGAAUUUAAUCUCAACCCAGUUUAACUUAACUUCGUUGAUUCUUCUGGAAUUAAAUGACAAUAGGUUCUCUGGAACUUUGUCAAAUGUAGUAUCCAAAUACACUAACCUGCAAUAUUUGGAUGCUGGCAACAACUGUCUGUCUGGUACGAUUCCCAGCUGGAUAUGCAAUGAAACGCAUGUCUCAACGCUCAUCUUGCGGAAUAAUUUGUUCAGAGGUCAUUUUCAAUGUGAAGGAAAAACGCCUGAAUUUUUGGACCUUUCUCAUAAUUUUCUGUCAGGAUCUUUGCCUUCCUGGUCAGGAGCAUCAAGCUUAAAGCAUGUACAUUUAGAAGGGAACCUCUUUUCAGGAUCUAUACCAGAAGAAUUUUUCAAUCUGACAGAGUCUAUCCAAAUUUUCAAUGAGCCGACACCAUAUCUCAUGAAACCGUCUCUCAUGACAAUGGAUAUUAGUUAUAACAACUUGUCAGGCACCAUUCCCCAUGCACUCGGAACAGUUUCGAGCUUAAGAAUUCUGUUGUUGAAAGGAAACUCCUUAAGUGGCUACAUUCCAACUCAGUUGUGUCGAUUGAACAAAUUAAAUUUAAUAGAUCUUUCCAGUAAUUUCUUUUCUGGGUCAAUACCUAAUUGCCUUCGAUACAUCACCUUUGGGGGGCAUGGGCUCGAUGAUUUUAGUUUUGAAGAUAGAGGUUUUGGUUUUUUGAAGUGGGAUUCAUCUUACCCAUAUGGAAGUCUCUUAGCGAAGAAUUUUGAAUUUCAAAAUCAGGAAGCUUUGUAUGAGCAAGCUGAAGCAAAUUUUGUAACAAAAAACAGGACUUACUCCUACAAAGGUGGCUUUCUUGAUUCCAUGUCUGGAUUGGAUCUUUCAUGUAACAAUCUAACAGGUUUAAUCCCAGCAGAAUUUGGAAUGCUUUCUUCGAUCCAUGCACUAAAUCUAUCUUAUAAUAAGUUGAGAGGUUCCAUUCCAACGACAUUCUCCAACUUGACUGAAAUAGAAAGCUUAGACCUUUCCCACAAUAGUUUGAGUGGAGAAAUCCCACCCCAGUUAAUCGAACUAAAUUUUUUGGCGGUCUUCACAGUUGCUUACAAUAAUUUAUCAGGUAGAAUUCCAGAUGGGAAAGCACAGUUUGGGACAUUCGAUGCUAACAGCUAUAUAGGAAAUCCAUUUCUUUGUGGACCACCAUUGAAGAAUUGUACCAGCAUAGAUGAUUCACCUUCCACCCCGACACCGGAUGCAAGUGAUGAGAAAUGGUACAAAAUUGAUCCUCUGGUCUUCUUUGUUAGCUUUUCGGUGUCUUAUAUCAUAUUCUGCCUGGGAGUUAUUUCUCUUCUCUAUAUAAAUCCUUAUUGGCGACAAUGGUGCUUCAAUUUGAUUGAGGAUCGCGUUUAUUCCUGUUAUUAUUUUGUGCUAGAUACUUUGCGUAAGUUAUCUAGUGGUUUGUAUAAUUAGCUUGAUUGGUU